AUGAAUGGAAUAACAAGAAAACUAUUUGGGACAUUACUAAAGAAUGAUCCUUCUUUUGAAUUGUCAGUGACCGACUACAAAACAAGGGUCAAUGAAUCGAAUGCAACUUUGUUGGAAGAAUUAGUGGAGUUGGUGGGCAAUAGAGAGUCCAGUAUUUGUAAUCUGGAUGGGUUUUUGUUUCCAAUAAUGUAUUUUGGUGCCCAAGUUUUGGAAAUGGGGUUGAUUUCGGAUAGAUAUCUCAAUAAGAUAACAGUUUGUAGAUUUGGAGGAAACCCAUAUUCGAUAUCUUUCAUGGACAUUACUAACAUAAGUUCUAAAUAUUCAUNNNAGUUAAUGAAAUUUGAAACCAUUUCAUCCUUUCAAACCAAGUUUGAGGACAAUAAACUAAUUCAAUUCUUAUUCAAACAUGGGUUUAAUGUUGAAAGUCCCAUGUUAUUUAAUUGGAAAUAUUUAAAAAUAUUGCAAAAUUUAUUUCCCCAGUGUAACCCAAAGGGACAGAAGUUAAUCUCUGAUAUGAUUAUGAACAAUAGUUACAAAUUGCAAAUUAAACAGUUAUGGAAUACAUUGAAUGAUUUUCAGUUAGGAUUGAUAUUAGUCAACCUCCUUUCAACCUGCGUAACCAAUGACAACCAAAGGUCUCAUUAUUUCAAAGAAGUAUUAAAUAAUGGUAGUAUCCAAACAUUAACAGACUCAAAACUUCUUAAUUUUCACAAGCUGAAGAAGGUUACAUGCUUCCCAAAUGUUGAACAAAUACAAGGAACUUUGCUUUUAUCCGAAGGUUUUCUUCAAAUCAUUUACAAUAAAACCUAUAUCUGGAGAACUAAUCCUGACACAAAUAAGAUAGAACUAAUUGUUGAAUUAAACCGGAAAGACAUUGAAAUAUCAAAAAAUUUACGAAAUAAUUUGGUUAUUAAGGUAUGUGAAGGCUCUAAAGCAAGUGACUUCAAAUGUAAUUCAAUACUACUCGAGAACUUUAAGAGAGCAAGAACAUUCCUAAUUGAGUUCACUGAUAAUAGCGAAUGUACUUCACUUUUUUAUAAUAUUAAUAAUGUUGCUAAGAUUAGUGAAGUGAAAACUUUCCUAUUAUUAAAUCAUAUCGAAGAAGGUCCAUCGGAGGAGGAAAAUGAAGAAGCAGAGCAUGAUGGUUCCAUUUCAAAUACAAAUUCUUCUACUUCAAUAUCUGAAGAAUUGAGCAUUCAUGUUAGUACCGAAGAAUCCUCUUCAGUUCAGGGUACCAAAAUAAGCGUUAACCCAAGUGUUAAUCCUCUCCUUACCCCAGAUCAGUCAGAAAUCAAUAUGCUUAAGACUGAUGAAUGGGAUUUUCCCAUGAGUUCUCAAAAUUUAGCAGGGACAACCAAACCAAAUAAAGAACAUUCAUCUGAAAUAUUUGAUAAUAACAAUAUUGAACAGUCUCCUUUAGUUUUAGUACAAAAGAGAAAAAUGAUUAGAGAAACUACAAAAACUUUAGAAAGACUGAAGAAAGAGUUUAAUCUAAUUGAAGACCAAAUACCUUCGCAUAUAAAUUCCCCUACUAAAAACCCUGAUACCAAUUUAACUUCUUCAUUUAUGAUAACAAACGUGAAUGAGAAGCCGAAAGAGAAUACAAAACUUAAAUUGACAAAUAUCCUAGCUAAAGAAAAUACUCAAAAAUUGAAAGCACCAAGUAUCAAAACUGUACACCCCUCCAUCGGAAAGAAGGAUAUUAAGGUAUUAAAUACAAUCUUUGGACCCAAUUCCAAAACGAAAAGGAAAACACCAAUUAAAAAACAACAAAAAUUAAAGAAUUUUAAACCACUGGUUACAAUUGCGUCUUCACAAGAGGGGCCCGCACUAAGAACAAGAGGAAACAAGAAGAAAAUUGGAGGCAAUCCAGCCAAAGCAUCUGUCACUACGUUCCCUAAAGGAGAAAUAUAUGCAAUUGAAUCUCAACCAAGUCCCGAGAUACUGUCACCAAAACGGACUGAAGUUUUAAAUGGCACCAAACGUAACGCCGACAAACUUGAAAAUGAAUCUUCCAAAAUCGUUACUAAAAAGCUGAAGACACCAAUCUCAGAUCUAAGUGCUGUUUCCAUGGAGAGUACAAAAUGUUGCAUACCAAAAGUUCAAGUCCAUGGGACAGAUCCAGAACCGGUACAACCACAAUCAAAAAACGACACGUUACAAGAAAACAAUAAUACAACUGCCAUGAAUUCAACUACCAUUUUAGGAGGGUCGGCACACAAUUCCUUUGUUGAAAAUAUUCAAAAUUCUUUUACCGCCGGUCUCCAAGAACAAAUAUUUAAUUCGGUAACCAACUUUUCAAUGGAUUUGGGAAAGAAGAUAGAAAUAAUAAACAAGGAACUCAAUAAUAGAAUCAUGAAGCAAUUAUCUGAGAAAUAUCAACGAUUAUUUACUGAAAUGCAAAAGAGUUUUCAAAAUGAUGCUGAGGAAAUGAUCAAAUUUAUGGGAGAGUUAAAGGAUAUGCUGCAUCUUUCAGAGCAAGAAUUGGUUAAUGUUAUAAGGUCUAGAAAAUUUGAGACAUAA